GUCAUAUAACAAUGGAUAAAGUCAAACAAAAACCUAGAACAAUAGGUUUCCCAGCCAUUCCGUUGCAUUAACUAUGUUCUAAUCUCAGGUAUCUUACUAUUACGUUAAAAAAUAAGUGUAAACCCUUAGAAGUACUGGCUUACUCUCUGGUACAGUCCUUUAAGAUUUGCGACACCCUAAGAGGUACCAAAGUAUCAACCGAGCGCAAAGAGGUUAGGUGAGUUGAGGCAAAAUAUACCAACCUGCAGAUUUGGAUCCCUUAAAUAAGAAGGAAAAAUCGAAUUGAGUAACACUACUCACAGAAAGGCAAAGCAAAACAAGUUGGUAGCGUUUGUUGACUUCACGAGAAGCUGAUCUGGUAAACUCAACAGAAAAAGAAUUAUCAAACGAGGUCAAACAUGUCUGGUUUGUAUGCUGACGACAAAGCUGCCCAAAUAGGUGUCACCCUGACGUUAUCAAUCCUAGUAUUGACGGACAUCAUUGGAAACUCCCUAGUCAUCAAGAUCAUAUUAACCAACAAGUCCUUAAGAUCUCCAAUGAUAUAUCUUCUCCUCAACCUAGCUGUAGCAGACUUGAUGGUCGGGGUAUUCUUCUCGCCGCUCUACAUCUUCAGCCAAUUUUUCUCUCAUCCUGAUGGUAUUGUUGGAACAGUUGUGUGCAAAUUGUUGACGGGAGGGUAUUUUGCUUGGAUUGGCGGUGCUUGUUCUGCAGCCACUCUUGUUGCCAUAUCUUUUGAGAGGUACUUUGCUGUAAUGCAUCCUUAUAGUAAAAAGUACAAGCUAAAUGGAAGGAAAGUUAAGCAAGUGAUUGCUGGAUGCUGGACCUCUGCAUUUGUGAUAAUCAUUCCUUGUUUUCUGGCAUUGGAUUAUGACAAAGAAACCCAUCUUUGUAUGCAAAUAUGGUCGAAGAAGUGGUUUGGAAGUGCUUACAGCACACUUUGUUUCAUCUACUUCGGGGUCAUUCCAAUCACCAUCAUGCUUGUUCUGUACAGCAGAGUCAUCUACACUCUUUGGUUCAAGCAAAACCAAGAACAAGGUACGCAACUAGCCGUGUUGAAGUCGAGGAAGAGAGUAACCAAGGUGGUGGUCAUUGUCAGUGUUAUCUUUGCUGCCUGUUGGUUACCAGACUCCAUCAUCUAUCUUCUUUACCAUUACACUGACAUAGAGUACAAUUACUCGGUUGACGUUCCCUCUAUCUGUGGAAUCAUUCUUGUGACGUGUAACUCUUCUAUCAAUCCGUUUAUCUAUACUUUCCAGAGCAAGGUUUUUCGGCGCCAUUUGAUUGAGCUUGUUUACUGCAGAAAGUCUCGUAAAAAUGCCUUUCGUUAUGACAAUAAAAGAGAUUCUAUAUACACAAGUAUGAAGAAUCCCAGAAGUGGCAUCAAUGAUGAAACUACCAAUGAACAUUCUAUGUAGUUACCAGACCAGACCAGACCAGACCAGACCAGACCAGAUAUAUAGAUAGAAAGUUUAUUCAAGUUGCAUUGCAGUUAUAAACUAAAUUGCGUACGUAACUAUAAUGUAAAAUCGAAAUAAAUAAAAAUACCUAAUACAACUAUA